UACAUUAGCAAUCGCCUAAACACAGUGCGAGACACAUUCGUGCAGCCAAAUGUAAUGAGUUUGAUUUAUUUGGUUUUAAACCCAGAAAACAUUAUUUGACUGAAAGAGUGAAAUAACUACAGAGCGCGGACGAGACGUCAGUAUCGGUACACACCUGCAUUUUUAAAAUACUUUUUAAAAAUUUCUUUUGACUGCUGGCUACUUCUGUUACCUUAAUCGUGUUGCUUUCCUGAAUUCUUCCAUUGGUGGAUAUUUCUAUACAGACACACCUCUUGAUCAGACGGAAAAGGAGGAAAAGAAGGGAAAAGGAAGGAGAAAGAUAUAAAGUCUUGCUUUGGUCAUUUAUUUCCGUCGAGCUGCAACAUCGGGGGAAAUCGAGCUACUGGCCGGAUCUGGGGCGACCCGCGACUGCCUCUAGCAUGAUGUCAUACCUCAAACAGCCCCCGUACGGCAUGAACGGGCUGGGGCUGAGCGGCGCGGCCAUGGACCUGCUGCAUCCUUCUGUCGGGUAUCCAGCGACUCCGAGGAAACAGCGCCGGGAAAGGACCACCUUCACCCGCUCUCAGCUGGAUAUACUGGAGGCGCUCUUUGCCAAGACGCGCUACCCGGACAUAUUCAUGAGAGAAGAGGUGGCCUUGAAAAUUAAUCUGCCCGAAUCCAGAGUUCAGGUGUGGUUCAAGAACCGGCGGGCCAAGUGCCGGCAACAGCAGCAGAGCGGGGGCAGCGCCAAGGCGCGGCCGGCCAAGAAGAAGUCGUCCCCGACGCGGGAGAGCACUGGCUCGGAGAGCAGCGGCCAGUUCACGCCUCCGGCCGUGUCCAGCGCCGGCUCCUCAUCCAGCUCCAACUCCUCCAGCAACACCACAGGCAUCAGCAGCACCUCUACCUCCAUCAGCACCCCGGUGUCGUCCAUCUGGAGCCCCGCCUCCAUCUCCCCUGGCUCCGCCCCCCCGUCCGUCUCCCUCCCCGAACCCGUGCCCCCUGCCAGCACCUCCUGCAUGCAGCGGUCCGUCCCAUCCGCCACCGGAUCCUCCUACCCCAUGUCCUACAACCAGACCGCCGGCUACAGCCAGGGCUACCCGGCCCCGUCCGGCUCGUAUUUCGGGGGGGUGGACUGCAGCUCCUACCUGUCCCCCAUGCACUCUCACCACCACCCCCACCAGCUCAGCCCCAUGCCCCCCUCCUCCAUGUCGGGACACCCGCACCACCACAUCAGCCAGUCCUCAGGGCACCACCACCAUCACCACCACCACCACCACCAGGCCUACAGCGGGGCCGGCCUGGCCUUCAACUCCUCAGACUGCCUGGAUUACAAAGACCAAACUGCCUCCUCUUGGAAGCUCAACUUCAACACCACAGACUGUUUGGACUACAAAGACCAGACCUCCUGGAGGUUCCAAGUCUUGUGA